UUCCGUCUGGUGUAGCAUGUGAACACCUUGCUGUUGCACACUGAUAGGGCCUGCCACACUAGCCACCGAGAUGGAGGACAUGAAACAAGACUUGCCAGAGCCCCUGAGUUACACAUUUCACCCGUCAAGUCGAGAAUACCAGAGACACAUUCUCCCUCAUUAUCUCGACCGAGGGGUCAAAGUUCACCCGGAAAGAGAGGCUGCUGUCAUCUAUAAAUCGGACGGAGAAAGAACUCGGCUCACCUUUAAGCAAUACCAAAGCCAGUCUAUCAAACUGGCGGCAGGUCUUCUUCGAUCCGGUCUCACUCAUGGCGACCGUGUAUUGCUUGUUGCACCAAACAGCCUGGAGUUCAUUGUCAUUCAAAUGGCCUGCGCAAGAAUCGGUGUGUUUCUUCUUCUGCUUAAAUUUGGGGCGUCAUCAGAAGAGGUUUUACAAGAGCUGACGUAUUACAAAUGCCAAGCAAUCAUGGUUCAGUCCUGUGAGAGCAGGCCGGGGUACGCCCAGGGUGUGGUGAAAGCACUUCAGCAGAAAGACCAGGGGCAAGGCGUCGAGAGCGUCCUUGCAGUCUGCGUUUCUUUUGGCGGUGGUCAAAACACCAUCUCUUAUGAUGCUGUCAUGGGACCGAACCCCAACCACAUAUCGGCGGAGGAAAAAGAUGCAGUUGCAACAGCUCAGUCACGUGUUCAAAUGGAGGAUCUGCUCCUUGGAAUGAUGACAUCCGGCAGCACAGGGAGACCCAAGGCGGUGACAAUGACCCACUUUCAAUUUAUUCAAGCCACUUUUACUGCUGCUGAGAUAACUCGACUCGAAGAUGGAUCCCGGCUUCUUAACGAACGGCCAUUUACUUGGGCAGGGGGUGUUGGUUUUGGUAUUAACUUCAUGGCGGUCACCGGAAUAACGCUUGUUUCCAUGGAUCCAGAGAUAUCGGUUAAAAAAGCGGACACAGAUUUAGUCAAGAAGAUACUACAGGAUGAAAGGUGCACCCAUCUUCUUGCCAUGCCUUAUAUGAUGUAUGACUUCAUUUCCAGUAAAGAUUUUCAUAGCUACGAUUUGUCACACUUGAAGUACGCGAUAACGGGAGGCCAGCCAAUACUACAGGAGUCAGCCGUGUCGUUUGUGGAAAAAAACCCGUCUUUGACGCUCGUACAGGUCUUCGGCUCUGCAGAAUUCAUUCUUACCUUCCGGCAAAUGACCAACAGCAGCAACGUCAAAAGACCGGACUUCGGUUUCCUCACAAUAUGCAGCGGUGUUGAAGCCAAAGUGGUGGACGACAAUGACCGGCUUGUGCCGAAAGGAACCGUAGGAGAGCUGUGUGUUCGUGGACCAAGCGUGUUCAGCGGCUACCUGGACAACCCCGAAGCUACAGCGCGCGCCCUAACCCCUCUCCGCUGGUACAAAACUGGUGAUAUGAUGGUCAUGAACGAUCAGGGACAGGUGCGUUUUGUCGGGAGGAAGUCGGAUAUCAUCAAAAGGGCCACUGUAAAGGUUCAGCCCGCAGAAGUCGAGGAGGUACUUGUGCGGCAUCCAAAGAUCGUCCAAGCGUAUGUUGUAGGAGUACCGGAUGCCCGGUUCUAUGAGGAACUCUGCGCAUGCGUCCAGUUCCAUGAUGACGCCAAUCCUGUGGAGGAGCAGCUCCAGGAGUUAGAGACGUGGUGCGGGGAGUCCUUUCUGCCAGGUCCAGAUGGCCUUACACUGGCACCGCGAUACUUUCUUGCUUUCCAAAAUUUCCCAAGAACAGGUAACGGCAAAAUCAACCGCCGAGAAUUGAGAGCAAUGGCUGUUAAAAGAUUGGAGUUAAGUUAGAUGUUUUAACGUCUGAAUGUCGCGCUUCAACUUUCCUUUUUUCGAACUUUUGGAAUCACAGAUGAGACAUUUUUCUUGAAGGCGAACUGAAACACUCCAGAAAGACCUUUUUGUGAACAACAUUAAAAAUUUCCUUUUCAUGACAGUCACUUAACAAAAAAAGUGUAUAGACGACUAUAUUUUGAGUUUUAUUUAAACUCAUUUCGAGUCUCGACAAAAAAUUUUCCAAUUAAGGAAAACCUACAAUUUUAGUUGAAACUUGAUUAAAAGUUGGCAAUAGUUCAUAGGCUUAUUUUACAAACCGGACCAAAAUUAAGUUUAUGCAUAAAAUAUAUCAAACUCUUCUCAGAUAUAGGCUGACGGCCAUAUCAACAUGCCCCGUUACUAGCACUUUCAACUGAAGCUUGAGUUACACUUACGUCUGACUUGCAGUGAUUGUGAUAAUGGCGGAAACUGUUGUUGGUGUUUUUCCCUUCCAACUAAAGCCUCGGUCACAACCGGACGCACGAUUUUCAGGAUCGUGCGUCCCCUGCGAUUUUUAGGUGUUGCAGAGGCCGUGGAGGUCGUAGAGGUAGAGGAAAGUCUGCCUUGCGAGUCGCAAGGGCCACUUGAGAUGACCUUUCAGGCAGGGAUUGCAAGGAGCGAUGGUCGUGGAAAUUGUACUCAUUUCUUGAGUUUGUCUUGCUUCCUGUGUA